CCGUCGGUUUCGGUUCAAAACUUUGAACCGACAGUUCCAUUUCAUUUACAUUACGGUUCAGUUCCGGUUCACAAUGAACCGUGUACAUGCCUACAUGGAAGAGAGAACCUGCUGGUGGGGUUCAGUUGCUAGUGUCCCAGAGUUUGACAGUAGUGGAGAGUAGGUUGAGCUGAGUGUUGGGGAGGGACUGACUUCUUGAGCUUGAGCUAAGAGACGUGAAAAACAGGGUGAAUGAGUGAGGGAGAUGGCAGAUUCGACCUACAAGUAGUUUCACCUAGUUUCUGUAAAAUCUUAAAGGGGAAUUAAAAUUUUGCGGAUAACUUCAAAUUUCUUUUGAAAGCCACAGAGGAUUGCCUAUAGGGUUAGAGCUUGAGGAAAACCCAAUCACCCACAUCAAAUGAUCUCUCAGUUCUCUUUGAAUCUGCUAACUGCUUCAUUAUGUUUUGUGCAUUCAAAAGAGUCUCUCUCAAACACUGCGACAUAUGCUGCCUCUCCAAUAGAAAUCCUCGACACUUGCUGCAGGGGAGAACGCAGGACUGAGUUGAGGCAGUAGUGGAGGAUCAAACCCAUAGAGGACUUUGAAAGGGGACAUCUUAAGUGCAAAGUGGUGGAAGGUGUUGUACACCAUUCAGCAAGGCCAAGCCAAGAACACCAAGUAGAGGGCUUUUUAAAGAACACAUGCACCUCAAUUAUCUAUACAACAACCAACUUGAUGGUACUAUUCCUAGUAGUUUCCAAUAUUUAAAGUCGCUCAAGUACUUGGAUCUUUCAAACAAUUACUUGAAUGGUCCAAUGACUAGCUUGGGCAAUCUGCAAAAUUUGAUUGCGCUCAAUUUGCGCUUCAACUUUCUGAAUGGGCAAAUACCUCCUUCAUUUGGUAACCUCUCAUCGCUAGCUACGUUGAAUCUUUACAGUAACAUGUUAUCAGGCUCAAUUCCUGAUCUUGGGAACCUCUCUCAACUUUCCUUUUUGGCCUUGGAUGACAAUGAACUCAAUGGUUCACUUCCUCAAGGAAUCGGAAAGUUGAAAAAUCUUAAAAGACUCUGGUUGACGUCCAACCAUCUUACUGGGGGCAUUCCGGAAAGUUAUUCUCAACUUACUGCACUUCUAGUCUUUGCAGUAGCUGGAAACGAUUUGUCUGGUUCUAUACCCAAAUACAUUGCAAGCUGGAAGAACCUUACUUAUCUGAUUCUUCUGGGAAAUAAUUUUGAAGGAAACAUACCAGAGGAGAUUUUUAACCUUCCGAGUCUUCAGACAUUGUGGGUUAGUGGCCUAAGGAAUCCUGGUUUUACUUUCCCCAAGAAAGCAAACUUGGAGAAUAUAUAUUCUUUGAUACUGAGGAAUUGCUCAAUCAACGGAUCAAUACCUCCAUAUAUUGCUAAUUGGUCUGAAUUGACGUUUCUCGAUUUGAGUUUCAACAACUUAAUUGGUGAAAUUCCUCAAUUUGGUCCAAAUUUAAAAAAGAUAUUUUUAGCAAGCAAUAAGCUUAAUGGGACGUUUCCUUCAUGGAUCACUCAUGCGAAGUCGGGACUCUCACAGCUUUAUGACCCACUAAAAAUCGAUCUUUCACUCAACAAUUUCACAAAUGUGCCGGAUGUGAACCGGGAAAACGGAACACUUUCACAUUUGCCGAAUACAAUUAUUAUUGAGCCGAGCAGUGACUACAUAUCUCGAAAAGGAAGAGAAUGUCCGGCGAAGUAUCACUCCUUGUCAAUAAACUGUGGUGGCGAGGCGGUGAAGUUUGACAAGCAAAACUAUGAAAAUGAUACUGCAUUCUCAUAUUUUUACGAAAGUCCGCAAGCAAAUUGGGCUUAUAGCUUUUCAGGAGACUAUAUCUCACCAACCAUCAAUGCAAGUGGUUACAUAAAGAACUUAACGUGUGGAGUUUCUGUUCCUGAGGCACAGUUAUAUGUCAAUGCCCGAGUUGCUCCUGUCUCUCUCACCUAUUUUGCCUUCUGCUUGCCCAAAGGAAAAUACGAGGUCAAACUUUAUUUUGCUGAAACUUUAUUUUCUAAAAAGGAAGAUCACAGUAUUGUGGGGAAACGUCUUUUUGAUGUACAUAUUCAGGAAAAGCCUGUAUUACAGGAUUUCAACAUAAAGAAAGAAGCAGAAGAUGCCAAUAAAAAUAUUAUGAAAAGUUUCAUAGCUACUGUACUUGACCAUAAACCGUUGCGAAUAGACUUCUUUUGGGUUGGUAAGGGAUCUCUAUAUAACCCGCCUGGUCAAAAUGGACCUCUCAUUUCAGCUAUUUCCAUAACUCGUGCUCCAAGAAAAUUAUCAGCUUGGGAAAUAACUGCAAUCGCAGUAGCUUGUGUUAUUGCUCUAUUCAUUUUAUUAGCUUUCUUGUGGAGAAUGGGAUGGAUAGGAGACAGAGAGUUGCAUAAAACAUGCAUAAAGAUUGGAACCCAGUCUUACACUGUUAAACAGAUAAUUCAUGCAACUCAAAAGUUCAGCCCAAAAACGAAGAUUGGAGAUGGCCGUCUUGGGAUAGUCUACGAGGCUCAAUUGCAGCCAGAUUUGACUGUAGCAGUGAAGAAGCUUUUUCCUCAAUCAAAGACAGCUUCAGAAACAAGAGCAGAGAUCUUUGCAUUGUCUGAGUUGGAAAAUCAGAAUCUUGUUAAACUGCUGGGUUGUUAUUCAAAUAGAGGCCUUCAGUUGCUAAUAUAUGAGUACAUGGAUAAUGGUUCCCUUGAGAAAGUCUUAUUUGAUCCUGAUCGUCCACUGCAACUUAGUUGGGAAACUAGAUACAGUAUUUGUGAACGAGUAGCCCUGGGUUUGGAGUUUCUACAUAAAAAAGAGCCACCUAUAAUCCACAGAAAUAUCAAGGCUAGUAAUAUUCUGCUUAAUGAAAAUUGUGAGGCUAAAAUCUCAGAUUUUGGAUUGGCAAAGCUUUAUGAGGAUGAUGAUCCAUUUAUAUUAGCCAAAGCAGGCAUCACACGGCUGAGAAAUGUCGGAAGCGUCAUAAUUAUGAAGAACUAAUCGAUAAAACACUGAAAGAACAUCCAUCAGGCAAAGUAUCAUCAGAAACACUGCGCCAAGCCAUCACCAUCAUUGACUUGGCAAUAUUAUGUACAGAGCAUUGGCCUUCUAAUAGGCCUCAAAUAUCAGAUGUGGUAAGUGUUCUUCAGGGUAAAAAAACCGUUGAGGAUAUUAGGACAUUAUACUUGAAACUAAGGCUUCCCAAGUCAGUUAAAACAGAGAUGGAUCCCUUCCGAAGGUAAUUUAACAUUUGUGAUUUACUUUAGAGUUUUCUUAUAUAAACACUCUUUUGUACACUAUUAUGGUGUUGUUUAUGUAUUUUCCAGUGUUCCUUUUUUGUUUUGUAUUUUGUACUGUGAAGUGUAAUGCUUUGUUUUGUCAAAGGGAUUGGCCUUUUUGUUU